AUGCAAGAACCCAACGAGAACGUCCCCGCCGACAACGCCGUCUCCGUGAGCAUCCCGGACCGCGACGAGCGCCCCAAGCACCACCCGAUCAACCUCAAGUCCGCAUGGGAGGACAUCUUCGUGGGCAGCCUCGAGAUCCGAUUCCUGAUGGAGCUGGGAGCGAAGGAAAUGGCGGCGAAGCACGCCGAGGGACUCCACCCUGACACGAGAGAGAAAACGAGCAGGAAAACACUCUUGUUUCUUGCUGCCUCUCGGAACGACCUCGCGAAAGUCCAGGUACACUUAAACACAGCUCACCAUCCUGCAAAAUCGAUGCUUUCAAAGAUGUUGCUCGAGAAGGGAGCGGACGUGAAUGCGACCAACUCCAUCGGGAACACGCCCCUUCACGCGGCGGCUUCAGCGGGUCACGCCGCCUGCAUGAGAGUUCUCAUCCAGGCCGGCGCCAACGUCAACGCAGAAAAUAAGGAUUAUGAAAGACCACUCCAUGCGGCAUCUACCUUCGCCACGUCCGAGCCGGUGAAGAUCCUCUUGGACGCGGGGGCCGACGUCGAUGCCAUCAACAAAAAGAGGGAAACCGCUCUUCACGCGGCGGCUGCUGUCAAACGACCAUGUCUAUCUAUAGUCAAAGUACGUACACAUCGCCAACUCCUCCACAGCAGAACUGGCUCGAGUCGGAAGGCCACACAGUGCUCACGAGAGUUGAAACAAAUUGGAAAAACAAUUAAUUUCAUAAUACCUUCAAAAUACUUUGAAGAAGAAUUGCUACGUUGGGGAAUCGGAGUGGACGAUCGGGACAUCCGGGGUCAGACGGCGCUGCACCUCGCCUGCCGAUCGGGCGACGGCGGCUCCGGUGUCGUCCUCCACCUCCUCCGAAGCGGCGCGGACCCCAACGCCGAAGACGUCGACUUCAAUACGCCAGUCGUCCUCGCGGCCAAUUCCCGGGCGGAGGAGUCCGUUCGACACCUGCGUCGCUUCGGGGCCCGUUUGACCCACCUCGACGCCACUCUCACCCUAGCGAGACAAUUCCCAUUCCUCACGGAGAAGCUGAUGGAUCGCAGCAUUCGGGAAAGCGAUUCCAGCAAGGGCGAGAAGUCCAUCGAACUCGAUCUCUCGCCUUUCAUCGCGAUCGGGAAGAAGGUCGAUGAUUCCUUCGAAAUGGACACUUUCUGGGCAUUCAUGGACUCUGGGGCUUCGAAUGUACUUCGGCAUCCCGUAUGCAGUCGUUUCCUAAGUGCGAAGUGGAAGAAAUUCAGACGAUACUUCUACUUGAAUUUUUUUGUCUAUAUGGUUUAUGCCGUAACGCUAACAACUGCGGCGGUCAUGAAAUCCUACUACGAGCGAUUCCGAGAAUAUCUGGAAUGCAUCGAAGAGCUCGGAGACCUGGAGGAGUGCGAGGAAGAGAUUCCGAACGAAAAAAAGCUGAAACCAGUCACGAACGGAUUGUUGAUAGCUGUGGCCAUCAUAGCAGCCAUCAUCAUCCUGCGGGAAGUAAUUCAGAUAAUCGCACGAAAGUGGGAGUAUUUCACGGAACUGGAGAACCUGCUCGAGCUCUUGCUGAUCGUGCUGGACGUGCUGCUGAUCAUCAACAAGGUCGGGAGCCACUUCAUCGAUAGGGAUGUGGGCGAGCACAUCAACGCGAUCACGGUCCUCUUGGUUUGGCUGGAGGUGACCAUCCUCAUCGGGAAGCUACCAGGGUUGAACCUGUGCAUCGCGAUGCUGAUGAAGGUGUCGAAGGCGUUUUUGGUCCUCUUGCCGACCUUGAUCUGCCUCGUUGUCGGGUUCGGACUGAGUUUUCAUAUAUUGUUCCCGGGGACGUUUCCGGACGUGCCGACGUCCGUAUACCAAGCGGCCGUCAUGAUGUCCGGAGAGCUGCAGUUUUACUCUGUCUUUUUCGAGUCCGAUCGACUCGUGAAAUGGUCAGAGCACAUAAUAUUUCUCCUCUUCGUGGUUCUCAUGAGCAUUGUCAUGAUGAACCUCAUGACCUCGCUCGCCGUGAGCGCCAUCCAGGAUAUGAGCACAACGGCCGAGAUCGCAAGAUUGAGCCAACAGGUCCACGUCCUGUACCACAUGGAAAAAGUUCUCAAAUGCGACUGCGUGCUUUACAGAUCCUUCGCCCGCACCUGGGACCUCGACGUCGUAUACUCCGGCCUGCUCCGAGAGAAAAAGCGGGAUCUCCCCACCCGCACCGCCGAAAAGAUCCAGGAAAUCCUCACUCACGUGGCCAAACAAGACGGGAAGCGCCAGGAGGAAACGGAGAACUACCGCGAGGAGGAGGACGAAGAGGCGAUACGACGCCGGCACCACGCGAAAACGAAAGAGACACUCACCUCCAUCGAGAACCAGAUCCAGCAAAUGUUGCAUCACUUCAGUUACAGAAUGCCCUAG